ACUACUCCUUUAAGGGAACACUGUAUUAUAAAUGGGACAUGAUAGAAGGGGGCCAUGUGGCAGACUUUGCAUUGAGGCUCCAGGUUCCGCCUCUGCAGAGCAUCACCUUCAGGAACAUGUCCUCUCCUUGGCCCGCAGCUCACAUGGACACCUGGAACAACCAUCAUGGAUCCUGGUUCAUCUAAAAUUAGUUUUAAUACAAGCAGCUGUGUAUAAAUAGUCAGGACAGCCAUAGCCGGGUGAUAGAGUUACCGGAGCUGCGUUACGUGUGCGACUCCAGCUUCUCAUAGGUAGAGGACAUGUUUACUUCCACACACUGAUAGCAGACAUGGACCCAGAUGGAGGACAGAGAUGUACCCGCACCCUGGCAAACCAGCGACUGAAGGAGAAGCUUCUCCAGGCUCUCCAAGCCAAUGAGUAUGCAACGGUGGGAAAUGUACUGAACGAGGGGAAGAUGGAUGUGGACACCGUGUUUGAGGUGGAGGAUGAAGGUCUGGUCCUGGCUUCCUACAAAUCAGGUUACUGGCUGCCCAGUUACAAACUGGCCACCUCAUGGGCAACGGGGCUGCACAUCACUGUCGUGCUGGGACAUCUGGAAAGCCUGCUGGUGCUUCUGGAACACAACGCUUCCAUCAACAGCAGACCGAACGGAAAGACUCCACUACACCUCGCCUGUGAAUUGGCCAGUCUGGAGUGCGUCAAAAUCCUGAUCUGCCAUGGCGCAAAGGUCAACAUCUUCUCCGUCAGUGGACACGCACCGUUACAUUAUUGUAAAACUAAGGAGUCUGUGAGUUGCGCCAAGGAGCUCAUCUGGAACGGUGCAGAUGUGAACCUACAAAGUAACAACGACGCCCAGGAGACCCCUCUCCACACAGCCGCCCGGAUAGGACUUCCAGAACUUGUAGCCUUCUAUGUUAACCAUGGGGCAAAAGUGGAUAGUGUGAAUUCGUACUUGGAAACGCCUCUUGCCACUGCUGCCUAUUGGGCAUUCAAUAGAAAGGAGCAGAAAUACAGCACCAAGCACCAUCUCAUUUGUAGGAUGCUGCUCGACUACAAAGCCAACGUCCACUCCCGAGAUAUCGACCGCAAGUCACCUCUCCACAAGGCGGCAUGGAACUGUGACCAUAUCCUAAUGCACAUGUUGUUGGAAGCUGGCGCCGAAGCCACCUGUAUGGAUGAUAAUGGAUGUGCCGCCCAGCAGUAUGUCCUAAAAGUCACAUCAGUCCGCGCCGCAGGUCAACCGGAAAUCUGCUUCCAGCUACUACUAAACCAUGGAGCAGCCAGGAUUUACCCCCCACAGUUCCAUAAGGUCUUACAGGGAUGUCACUCACAUCCAAGAGCCAUCGAAGUCAUGGUCAACGCCUAUGAACACAUAAAGGCGACAUGUAAAUGGACCAAUGCUAUUCCAGAGGACGAAUUGGAGAGACACCGCGCCUUCUAUGAAUCCCUGUUUGAGGUUUGCAGUAACUCCCCGAGGUCCCUCAUGCACCUGGCCCGGUGUGCCAUCCGUGCCAUCUUACGCAGGAGGUGCCACCGUGUCAUCCCUCAGCUGCCUCUGCCGAACAUCCUGAAGAAAUAUCUCCUGCUGGAGCCACAGGGAAGACUAUAUUAAAGAAGAACUCCGGGAAUUAUUAUUAUAAUUAUUAUUAUUAUUUAGCUUUUAUAAUGCAGCAAAGGCUAUUAUUAGAGAAUAAUGUAGAGGUUCUUGUGUACGCCUUAUGCUUAUCUGUUUUAGCUGCUGUGGCAGGUAUGAGAUUUGACUAUAAUCAUAAGUGAGGAAUUUUAUGAAGAUUUGAAGUCUUCCAGUUAUGUUUCAUUUUUACUACAUUUUUAUGUACCUUUUUGUAUUUCAUUUUUAUAAAAAAAAAAAUUUGCUGUAAUUUUCCAAAAUUGCUGUAAAUAUUAUGCAUUUUUAUUGUGAUUUAUGCAAUCACAGUAAAAUAGUGCACUUUUCCUGCAAUUUCGGAAAAAAUGCUGCCAAAUGCAAAGUCUCAGGGGAGGUAAAUAACUACUAUAUAUAUACACACACAUACUAGGAUUUUCCAUCCAGGGUGCCCCCAGCUGUUGCAAACCUACAACUCCCAGAAUGACCAGACAGCCUUUGGCGAUAAAUAAAGACAUUAAAAUUUGGCUGACUACUUAAAGGGGUAUUCCGGGAAAAUGCUUUUUUCUUUAUAUCAACUGGCUCCAGAAAGUUAAACAAAU